AUGAUUUCCUGUAAAUACACAGAUUUUAAUAAAGGAUCCCAAGCUCAAGUUGUUAGGUUGGUUAAUGGCAGUAGGAGCUGUUCAGGACGAGUGGAGGUUCUUCAUGAUGGUCAAUGGGGAACAGUGUGUGAUGAUGACUGGUCUCUAUCAGUUGCUGAAUUAGUGUGUAGAGAACUGGAUUGUGGAGAUGCUAUAGAAGCAAAGUCUGAUGCUUAUUUUGGAGAAGGAUCGGGACAAAUAUGGAUGGAUGAAAUAAACUGUGUUGGCAAUGAAUCCUCACUGGUAGACUGUGGAAUUGCUGGGUGGGGAAUACACGACUGUGACCAUUAUGAAGACGCUGGAGUCACUUGUAAAGCUCCUGUUAGGUUGAAUGGCAGUGACUCAUGUUCUGGACGAGUGGAGGUUCUUCAUGACGGUCAAUGGGGAACAGUGUGUUCAGAUUAUUGGGACUCUACUGAUGCUGCAGUGGUGUGUAAAGAGGUUGGAUGCCCAACCGGUGCUGAAGUGACAAGAAAUUCAUAUGGACCUGAUGUUAGACUGGUAGAUGGAGAUAAUCUGUGUUCUGGAAGAGUGGAGGUUUUAUAUAAUAACCAAUGGGGAACCGUCUGUGAUGCUGGCUGGGAUUUAACAGAUGCUGCAGUGGUGUGUAAUAGCAUGGGUUGUGGGUCUCCAAUAGCAGCAGAGACCGGAGCAUUUUUUGGGCAGGGUUCAGGACCCGUGUGGCUGGAUGAUGUAGGUUGUUCUGGAAAUGAGCCAACAGUGACCAAUUGUUCAUCAAAUGCAUUAGGAACAAGCACCUGUAGCCAUGGACAAGAUGCUGGAGUCAUCUGCAACCCUCCUAUUAGGUUGGUGAAUGGCAGUGACUCAUGUUCUGGACGAGUGGAGGUUCUUCAUGAUGGAUUAUGGGGAACGGUGUGUUUAGAUUACUGGGGUACUGAUGAUGCUGCAGUGGCAUGUAAAGAGGUCGGAUGUCCAACUAGUGGAGAAGUGACAAGAAAUUCAUAUGGACCUGGUGUGGGACCAAUAUGGAUGGAUAAUGUUCAUUGUACAGGGACUGAAUUGUCACUAAGAGGGUGCAGAUUUAAUGGAUGGGGAAUAAAUGACUGUUAUCAUUCAUAUGAUGCUGGAGUCAUCUGUAGAGGUAGGCCUUUAGAUGUUAGACUGGUAAAUGGAGAUAAUUUCUGUUCUGGAAGAGUGGAGGUUUUAUACAAUGAUCAGUGGGGAACUGUCUGUGAUGCUGGCUGGGAUUUAACAGAUGCUGCAGUGGUGUGCGAAAGUAUGGGUUGUGGGACUCCAAUAGCAGUAGAGACCGGGGCUUUCUUUGGGCAGGGUUCAGGACCUGUGUGGCUAGAUGAUGUGAGUUGUUCUGGGAAUGAGCCAUCAGUGAAAAAUUGUCCAUCGAAGGCAUUAGGAACAAGCACCUGUAGCCAUGGACAAGAUGCUGGAGUCGUCUGUAACCACUACGUUCACACUACCAUCAAAAUCAAACCUGGAAUCUGA